ACAGGCAAGACCAUCACUCUGGAGGUAGAGGCCAAUGAUACUAUUGAGAAUGUGAAGGGUAAAAUCCAGGACAAGGAGGGAAUACCACCAGACCAACAACGACUCUCAUUCCAUGGUCAACAACUGGAAGAUGGUAGGACUCUGAGUGACUAUAACAUUCAUAAGGAGGAUACUCUUCAUCUGACUUUUCGCCUGAAUCUAUUUGUUAGAACUCGGAAAGGUGUGAAUAUCAUCGGACUGCAAGUGCGCAGCAGUACUACCAUUUCUAGUGUGAAAGAUAAGGUUGAAUUCAAUGUGGGGAUACCUGAAGACCAACAACAAAUUGUCUUUAGAGGUCAACAGCUGGAAGAUGGAAAGACGUUAGGUGACUACAAUGUUCAAAAUGAUGAUACUCUGCAGCUAGUCUGGCUAGUAGAGAGGGGUAUGGGGAUAAUGGUAAAAGGAAAAGGUUUUGGCAUAAGAGCAGUAAUAGAAGUAGACCCCAGUGAUAGCAUUAAGACGGUGAAAGAUAAAAUUCUCUCAAAAAUUAGAAUACCCGAAGACCAACAACAGCUCCUGUUCAAUGGCAGAGAGCUGGAAGAUGGACAGACUGUUAAUGCCUGUGAUAUUCAGCAUGAGGAUGCUAUUCAACUCAGAUUACUGGAAAAGGGAGGUAUGAAGAUAUUUGUGAAGACACUGACCGGCAAGACCAUCACUCUUGAGAUGGAGGCCAGUGAUACCAUUGAGAAUGUGAAGGCUAAAAUUCAAUACAAGGAGGGAAUACGACCAGACCAACAACGACUCAUAUUUGCUGGUAGGCAACUGGAAGAUGGACAGACACUGAGUGACUAUAACAUUCAGAAUGAUUGUACUCUUCAUCUUGUCCUGCGGCUAAGAGGAGGUAUGCAGAUAUUUGUGAAGACUCCCACAGGCAAGACCAUCACUCUGGAGGUGGAGGCCAGUGAUACCAUUGAGAAUGUGAAGGCUAAAAUCCAGGACAAGGAGGGAAUACCACCAGACCAACAACAACUGCAGUUCAUGAAUACAGUGUUGGAUGAUGGACGAACCCUUAGUGACUACAAUGUUCAGAAGGAGUCGACUCUCCAUCUGAGUAUUAUACUUGGAGAAGAUGAGUCCAGUGAAUAUCUAAAGGAAGCAAUGAAACAAGGCUAUGUCUAUGUCAAGCUGAUAAAGGUGGUGGUUGUGGGGCCUGCCGGUGUUGGUAAAACCAGCCUCCUCUACCUCCUGCUCAGCAAGGACCCACCAGAGCAAAGAACUAGCACUGGCUGUGCUGAGAGAUCAAUCCGAGUCAUUCGCAUCGGCAAAGAAUCAGGGAAAUGGAGUGAAAUUCCCACAAAGGAAUUUGAGGAAAUGAUAGCAGAAGCAGUCCCAGUUCUGUAUGAGGAGCUGAAGGCCAAAGGAAAGGGAAUUGACAAGCUGGCCGAGGUUCUGUCUGAAGUGGUGGGGGAGGGUGGGGGAGAACAGAGUGUGGUUGAAGAGGAGAAGAGAGGAAUGAUGGAGGAGUAGCUGCAGAGGUCGGGGUAAGAAAAGACGACCCAGUUGGUGAAAGUCAAGAGAAAGAGAAAACAGAGUCAAAAGAAACAGAAUCAGAAAGCAACCCCAGCACUAUCAGUGCUGAAGAAAGUACAGUCACCAUCAGCAAAGUAAUUCAAAAGCUCACUGAGCUCGUGAGUGGUGGGAGAAAGUCACGUCGUCUCCUGGACAUGGAUCUGAUCUACCUGACCGACAGUGGUGGCCAGCAAGCCUACUGGGACCUCAUCCCUAUCUUCACCUUCGACACCUCUGCCACCCUGUUCGUCCACCGGCUGUGUGAGAAACUUGAUGAACACCCUCGCAACGAUCUCUACCAGAGAGGGGAGCAGGUUGGUCCCAGCCAGAGAGCCACACUCACCACUGCCGAGGCCUUCAAGACAAUGCUUCAAGGUCUCCAUAAAGGAGGGGAACACUCAAAGAUCAUCACAGUCGGCACUCACAGAGACCUGGCUGGAGAUUGCGAGGAAACUCCUGAGGAGAAGAACCUAAAAUUGGCAGCCAUUGCAUCGCCCCAUUUCAAAGACGACGUCGUUUUCUGCAACGAGGGAAUGGAGGAUAUCGUGUUCCAAGUCAACACCAGAAUCCUGAUAGCGAUGACAAAAAGGAAGCAGCAAAAUCAGAGCCUGCAUCGAGAAGGGUGCCAAGACACACGAGAUUCCAAUCUGGUGGUUCAUUCUCCAGCUCAUCCUAGAGGCUCUGGCCCUCAAACUGGGGAGAGAGGUCCUGAGUAAGGAAGAAGCCAUUCACGUGUCAGACUCACUCGGUUUCCCUGAAGGGGAACUCGAUGCUGCCCUCACUUUCUUUGACAAGUUGAACAUCUUCCUCUACAAGAAGACCAUUCUUCCCGAAGUCAUCUUUACCAAUGCUCAAGUACCUCUGGACAAACUGUCAAAACUGGUGGAGAAGCAGUACCAUCUGAGGGCUGCCAUGGCUGAUCCAACUAAAGCAGCUGAUCAUGCGAUCACAGGGGACUGGCAGAAGUUUCGCGACAACGGAAUCCUCACUCUUGAUUUCCUUGAGGACUUCAAGAACCACUAUGUGGAGGGAAUAUUCACAGCCAGAGAUUUUCUUGUCUUGCUUGAAAAGAGCCUCGUGGUUUCCCGACUGUCUAGAACUGAAUACUUCUUUCCUGCCAUUCUCAACAUGACAACUGAAGCAAAGAUCAGUGAAUGCCUUGAAACAUGCAGGAGGACCAAGAUAGCAGCUCUGGUGGUGGAGUUCCCCACUGGCUGGGCUCCUCCCGGUGUCUACUGCUGCAGUGUGUGCCACCUUCAGUCCCACUCUGGCUGGGAGGUGGUGAAAAACAGACGCAUCAAACCACAAAGCAAAGCUUCCACUGCGCCCCAAACCCACUUGGACCAGAAAGAAGGAUAAGCUACCUCUCCCUCCGCAAAGCAAAGGUUCCAGUACAUGCCACCCAAAACAUUCCUCCCUGUCACGCAACUGCAUCGAGUUUAUCAAAAUCGGCCGCCCAGGUUCAGUCACUUUCAUCGAUAACUUUUCGUCCUUUGUGGUGUGCGUAAGUGUUAAUACCAGUAAGAUGAAGUGCGACAAGUUGAGCGAGCACUGCCAGGCCAUCAGGUGUGAGGUCCUAGCAGCAGUUGAAGCAGCUCUGAAGAACACACAUCACGAAGACACUCACGCGACAAUAGCUUUCCUCUGCCCCCAACAGGACGAGUCAUGCAGCACAGAACUGCACGUGGCCCGCUUCUCAAGUGAUGGGGACCAGUGGAUAUGCUCUGAAAACAGUGGAGUAUUUGACACCCUCGCCCCUGACCAGACCCUUUGGCUCGGUGCCUCAGGUUCCACUGUAUCAGGAGAGUCAGCCCCUGCAAUGAGUGUCCUUGCCAACCGGGUGGCAGCAGUCGUUCCCGACAAGUGGAAGAAAGUGGCCGUCCAGUUGGAGCUGAAUCGAGGAGAGAUAAAAGCCAUUCAGAAAGAUGAAGAUGACAGUUUCGACCGAUUCAUGGCUGUUAUGGACCAUUGGAAGCAGUCUCUCAGUAAACCAUUCACAUGGCCUACACUCGUCUCUGCCCUUCAGUCCCCUUCUGUGAAUGAAACUAGACUAGCAGAUGAACUAAAACACGAAUUCUGUUGAGUUUUCACAUUAUACCCCCCCCCCCCCACCCAGCUCUUUUAAUUAUG